GUGUGCGUCCGUUGUCUCUGUGUGUGUGAUGUGAGAGAGGGGAGACGGGAUAGAGAUGUACCUAAAGAAGGCCUUUUGGAGCGAAGUACUGAAAUCGGGGACAGAGAAUAAUGAUAAAUCGCCGGACACGACGGUGCCCUCGCCGGUGACUGAUCUGGUGAGCUCACUCGACGAUCAAAGACUCUACAGGGAGGUAACUCUCGCACUACGAACCGGACUCCGUGACGCACGCUCCGAUUUCUCAUUUCUACGACUACAUGGCCUUGGUAACAUCCUUAAAUUCCUUCGAUCCGUCGCGGCCUCCGAUUCCACUAUCAACCUUUUCUGCAACAGCCAAUCCAUUACGGCUCUCCAAGUGGUCCCAGCUCUGUUUCAACACUCUUUACAAGAGACGGAGGAUCAGAUAGUGAGCAAUUUGGAUCACAUUUUCAGUGUUGAACCCUUGAAAAUAAAAAGUCCUUCUACUGAUACUGAAGUUUCACUUGCACUAAGAGUUUUGGAAGGAUGUUGUUUACUCCACAAGGAGAGCACGAUUUUAGCCCAUCAGUUCAAGGCUAUUCAGGUUUUGAUGAACAUAUUAGCAACACGAGGAGUGCUUGAGCAAGGGUCUUGCUUAGAUGCUCUUAUCUCAAUAAUGUUGGACUCUCCCCUCAAUCAAAUGGAUUUUGAGGAUUGUAAUGGCAUCGAGGAAGUUGCAUUGCUUAUAGGAGACAAACAAGUGGAUGAGAAUUUGAGGCUGAAAUGCGGAGAGUUCUUGUUGUUACUGAUUGGGCAUGUAAAUGGGAGGGAAGGUCCUCCGAUGGCAGCCAUACACGAUGACAUAAGGCGUCUGUUGGGUGAGAAAUCUGCGUCUUUGAUAUGGGCUGCAAGUCAGUUUGGUUCGACCCUUGAUCCUGGCCAAAGACUCACAGCUCUUCACAUCCAAGCUCGCAGGGUGCUUGAGUCACUAGACCUAUAUUGACAAGGUCACAUUUGAUUGUUUCAUUUUGUAUGGUUAUUGUAAAUUUAAUUGUUAAAAAAAAUGCUAAGUGAUUAUGAUGAAUUGAUGACUCAAAGAAAGAAAGCCAAGAAAAAAAGGGGCUUGAAAAAUGAUUACAAUGGAGAGUGAAAAUAGUCUCUUCAUUUCGACCCAAACGAUGCUAAAAGGUGUACGAUGUGCAUCCCGUGUCGUACAUUUGUCCAUCUGUUAAUCUCUGUGUAUAAUUGGGUUGGGUUCCGGUGAGAAGGAGAAUUAAGGUGAGAAACGUAAGAAAAGACCUCCACCUUGGAUGCAUAUUAGGAUGAGAUGUAUUGGAACAAUUCUCGUAUCAAGCGUGAUUAAUA